GUCAAGGCAUUCAUUUUUGGUUUUCUUUUUUAGAACUACACCAUAAUUCUCACAAGUUUGUGCCUCCUUAGAAGUAUUAAAUCCUAGAUAAGGAUUUUCUUGGUAAGAUUUGAAAUCUUUGUGGCACUUCAUGGCUCUCUCUCGUGUACUUGUUGUACUUGUUCUUCUGUACUCAUUGGUAACAUUGGUAUCUUCUUCUGGCUGGAAAACAUUGCAAGGAUCUCCACCACUUGUCAUAGCACGUGGUGGGUUUUCAGGGAUAUUUCCAGCUUCAAGUUUAUCUUCCUAUACUUUGGCACUAAACACUAGUGGUCCAAAUGUUACCCUAUGGUGUGAUGUGCAAUUGACAAAGGAUGGAGUUGGAAUUUGUUUCCCAGAGCUAAAGCUGGAAAAUGCCACUGAUAUUUCCAUUGCAUACCCUGGCAAAGCAAAAGAUUACUCAAUUAAUGGAGUUCUAACCCGGGGAUGGUUUUCUGUGGAUUACAACUUCGAUCAACUAGCAAAUGUUUCCCUUGUUCAGGGAGUGUACUCUCGAACUAAUAAGUUUGAUGGCAAUAAAUUUCACAUUCUCACUGUUGAAGAUGUAGCUAAAUUAGUAAAAUCACCAUCAACAGGCCUGUGGUUAAAUGUUCAGCAUGAUACAUUCUUCAAGCAACAGAAUUUGAGUGUAGAAAAUUUUCUAGUGUCUCUCUCUACUAAACAAGUGUCUGUCAAUUACAUCUCAUCACCUGAUUUGGAUUUCUUAAGAAGAGUAAGAUCAAGCUUCAGUCCUAGAACAAGCUUGAUCUUCAGGUUUCUAGAGCAGGAUAAGAUUGAACCUACAACCAAUCAGAAUUAUGGUGCACUCUUGAAAAAUCUCACAUUUAUCAAGACACUUGCUUCAGGAAUUCUUGUUCCCAAGGGCUAUAUAUGGCCUGUGGACUCAGAUCUUUAUCUACUACCACAUACCUCUCUUGUCUCAGAUGCUCAUAAAGAAGGGUUGCAAGUUUUUGUAUCAGACCUAGUUAAUGAUGUUCCAUUUAGCUACAAUUUCAGCUAUGAUCCUCUGGCUGAGUGCCUAUCUUUCAUUGAUAGUGCAACCUUUUCUGUUGAUGGAGUGCUGUCUGACUUCCCGGUAACUCCAUCUGCAGCUAUAAAUUGUUUUUCUGGCCUAGGGCAAAAAGCCAAAAAUCAAGUGGAGACUUUGGUUAUCACAAAAUAUGGAGCAAGUGGAGACUAUCCUGCUUGUACUGACCUUGCAUAUAACCAAGCUAAAGUUGAUGGAGCAGAUGUACUUGACUGUCCUGUUCAAAUGUCAAAGGAUGGAAUACCAUUUUGCUUAAGCUCUAUAGAUCUUUCAGAAAGCACAACAGUUGCUGAAACAAAAUUCAAAAACCUUACAACAACUAUUCCAGAGAUAAAAUAUCGAAGUGGCAUAUACACAUUCAGCUUGACAUGGAAUAAGAUAAAAUCAUUGACUCCCUCAAUAUUGAACCCUUAUGAGAAGUACACAUUGCUCCGGAAUCCGAAAUUCAAAAGUCAAGGGAAAUUGUUAACCUUGUCUGAUUUUUUGUCCUUGGCUAAAGGCUCUGGCAUCUUGAUCAGCAUAGAGAAUGCUGCCUAUCUUGCAGAGAAGCAGGGAUUAAGUGUGACCAAUGCAGUCCUUGAUGCUUUACACAAAGCAGGUUAUGAUAAACCAGGAUCCCAAAAAGUUAUGAUUCAGUCAACUCAUAGCUCUGUACUGAAGAUAUUCAAGGAUAAAACCAAAUAUGAAAGGGUUUACAAGGUUGAUGGGAAUAUUGGUGAUGCUGUUGCUUCAGCUAUUGAGGACAUCAAGACAUUUGCUGAUUCUGUGGUGGUUGGAAAGGAAUCUGUUUUUCCUGAAGUUUCUGCAUUUCUAGUUAACUCUACAAAAACUGUAGCAAGACUAAAAUCAUUUAACCUCCCAGUUUAUGUAGAAACUUUCAGCAAUGAAUUUGUAUCUCAAGCAUGGGACUACUACUCAGAUGCAUUUGUUGAGAUAAAUUCAUUUGUCAUUGGAGCCAAGAUUAAUGGCAUAAUUACUGACUUCCCUAAGACAGCUGAUAGAUACAGGAAGAACUUGUGUCUAAAGCAUGGCAACAAAGCACCUUAUAUGAGCCCUAUUGAACCGGGCAAACUCUUAAAACAAGUUACCAAUAAGGUGUACCUUCCAUCACCUGCUCCUCCACUCCCAGUCUUGAAUGAUAGUAAUGUGACAGAGGCACCUUUACCUGGUGUUUCUGGUCAAGUUCCAAUUCCCAGUGCUGCUCCUGGAUUAAGGGCAGCAGCUCCAGCCCCAAUCACAGCAUAAAGAAAGGUAAGCAGGAAACAAAGUGUAGCAUCAAUGGCAUUUACUUUGUGAGCUCCAAGGAAUUUCUUUCUAUGACUAGUAUUUUAUGAAAUGGAACAUUUCAUUUAUUAUGAUAGUCCUAUUGUAAGAUGUGAUAGUUAUAU